AGGUCGGUGGAGAGAAAUGGAGAAGGGGAAAUAUCUUGGAAGGGUUAGGUCAGGAUCAAGCUUCUUGUCCUGUGGAUCCAAAUAACGAAAGGGAUUCGAAGAAGGAUGGAGUCAAAAGAGAGGGGCAUAACCGGCAUUUACAAAUUUUGAUAUUGCUCUGUAAUGGUCAGGAAGCGUUGCGACAAUUGCAGAACCCAUCUGACUGGAGUAGAUUUUUCCCACAACCUCUUCACCUUCUUUAUCUCAAUCCCCAUUUCCUUUGUUUUCGCUCCUAUUUUUUUUCAACCCCACAACAAAUCUUUCUUCAUCUUCGAGCUUGCGUGAAGACAGGUCCCAGGAUUGAGAACUGCGAAGAUCGAACCUUUUUCCUCAUCGCGUAAGGAAUGGCUUGGAGGCAUCUCAUAACCCGGGUUUCGAGGAAUAAUUUGGAGUUUGGGCAGCUAAAGAAUGCGUUGAUCAAUACAUAUUUACCCCUCAAUAAGGGCGGAGUGGGUAGCGGUGGAGUAUAUAAGUUCUUGACGGCGCAGAAGAGAUAUCAGUCGAGCUAUGUUGGGAACCUUGCUCGAAGAGUGCGGGAUGCUGAUGAGGCCAGCGAAGUUGCUCAUCUCAAAGAACUCUUCCGUAGAAAUGAUCCUGAAGCUGUUAUAAAAUUAUUUGAAACUCAGCCAUCAUUGCACCACAAUGCUACUGCACUUUCUGAAUAUGUUAAAGCAUUGGUGAAAGUUGACAGACUGGAUGAGAGUGAACUACUUAAGACAUUGCAGAGAGGCAUUUCAAGUGCAUCUAGGGGAGAUGAAAGCAUUGGUAGCAUAGCAGCUUUCAGAAAUGUUGGAAAACAGUCAAAAGAAGGCGUUCUUGGAACCUCAAGUUCUCCUAUCCAUAUGGUGGCUACUGAAGGGGGCCACUUUAAGGAGCAGCUCUGGCGUACGAUUCGCACUAUUGCAUUGGCCUUUCUCUUGAUUUCUGGUGUAGGAGCACUCAUUGAGGAUAGAGGAAUUAGCAAAGGUCUUGGUUUGAAUGAAGAAGUGCAACCUAGCAUGGAAUCUAAUACAAAAUUCAAUGAUGUUAAGGGUGUGGAUGAAGCUAAGGCAGAGCUUGAAGAAAUUGUUCACUACCUUCGAGAUCCUAAGCGAUUCACUCGUUUGGGGGGCAAGCUCCCAAAAGGUGUCCUACUUGUUGGUCCACCUGGAACUGGCAAGACAAUGUUAGCAAGAGCAAUUGCUGGAGAAGCUGGGGUACCAUUCUUCUCAUGCAGUGGCAGUGAGUUUGAAGAGAUGUUUGUUGGUGUUGGAGCUAGAAGAGUGAGAGAUUUGUUUUCUGCUGCAAAGAAGCGGUCACCGUGUAUUAUUUUCAUUGAUGAGAUUGAUGCCAUUGGAGGAAGCCGAAACCCCAAGGAUCAACAGUAUAUGAAAAUGACUCUUAACCAGUUACUUGUUGAACUUGAUGGCUUUAAGCAAAAUGAAGGAAUAAUUGUCAUUGCAGCAACAAACUUUCCCGAGUCUUUGGAUAAGGCAUUAGUAAGACCUGGUCGAUUUGAUCGCCAUAUUGUUGUGCCUAAUCCUGAUGUUGAAGGACGUCGGCAAAUCCUGGAAUCACAUAUGUCGAAGAUAUUGAAGGCAGAUGAUGUUGAUAUGAUGAUCAUUGCGAGGGGGACUCCUGGUUUUUCUGGGGCUGAUCUUGCAAAUUUAGUUAACAUAGCUGCUUUAAAGGCUGCAAUGGAUGGUGCUAAAGCUGUGAGCAUGGAUGAUCUAGAAUUUGCGAAGGACAAGAUUAUGAUGGGAAGUGAGCGUAAGUCGGCUGUUAUUUCUGAUGAGUCACGAAAAUUGACUGCAUUUCAUGAGGGUGGCCAUGCCCUUGUGGCAAUCCACACUGAUGGAGCGCUUCCAGUUCACAAGGCCACAAUUGUUCCAAGAGGUAUGGCUCUUGGCAUGGUUGCACAGUUGCCUGAUAAGGACGAAACCAGUGUCUCCCGAAAACAGAUGCUUGCUCGCCUUGAUGUUUGCAUGGGAGGACGGGUUGCUGAAGAGCUCAUUUUUGGAGAAAAUGAAGUAACUUCCGGUGCUUCAUCUGAUUUGCAGCAAGCAACUUCUCUUGCCAGAGCCAUGGUUACCAAGUAUGGUAUGAGCAAAGAAGUUGGACUCGUUGCCCACAAUUAUGAUGACAAUGGGAAAAGCAUGAGUACAGAAACAAGGCUUCUUAUCGAAAAGGAAGUGAAGAACUUCUUAGAAGCGGCCUACACAAAUGCAAAAACAAUUCUCACUACCCAUAACAAGGAGCUCCAUGCCCUUGCAAAUGCUUUGCUUGAACAAGAGACUCUUUCUGGUAGUCAGAUCAUGGCUCUUCUUGCUCAGGUGAACUCGCAACAGCAGCAGCAACAACAACAUCAACAAUUAGUUUCUACACAGAGUAGCUCGCAGUCCAAACCUGUGCCACCAUCAGCACCAAACCCUGCUGCGUCGGCAGCCGCUGCCGCUGCCGCAGCAGCGGCAGCAGCAACAGCUGCAGCCAAGGCUAAAGGCAUUGCUCCUGUUGGAUCUUAGCCGUAUGUCGUAGCCGUUGCAGCUUUGUUUUUAAUUUUUGAGAUUCAUUGUGAAUAUAGUAACUUGCUGCCUUGUUGCCUCUUUUUUUUUUAUGGUGAUUGUAGCCUGCCACUAAUUUAUGUAUCACUAUGCAUCUAAUUGUCGAUUGGUAGCUGUAGAAGAGGUGAAUGCAGAAAGUGUAGCGGUUAGAGGAGUUCAUUGUCUUUUCCUUAUGCUUCUCUUCCAUUGUUUCGAUACUCAAAAAAUAAUUUUUCUUACAUACAUACCUUGAAAAGUA